AAUAUUGUAUUUUUUUCUUGAUCGUAGGCCUGGAUUUGUUUAAUUGAUUAGUUAAACAUAUGACAUUUUAUAGGAAAGUAUUUAUAUGCCUAAAGUAAUUUUGUUUUUGCAUAUUCAAUUAUGUGACAUAUUUCAAUAUUGUAUCAAAUCUCGUUAAAUCGCGUGUCUACGUCAAAAUAUUUCUUCCGCCAUAUUUGUUGUUGGUAAAGCGGAAAGGAAGUUGUCUCCAGAAUAUUUGCCAAUAUUAAAAACCUGGGUUUACAUUUGGUGACAACAAUGGCAAGCAGGUCAAGUGGCCUUGUUCAACGCAAGGUUGUGCCAUCACAUGGAGCUGAAGGUGGAAAUGAAAACCGAGAAGAUAAUGAUAAUUAUCAAGAAGACGAUGAAGAUCAUGAUUCAAAGGAAACACGUCUCACUCUGCUUGAGGAAGUUCUGCUAUUAGGACUAAAAGACAGAGAGGGGUACACAUCGUUUUGGAAUGACUGCAUAUCUUCAGGAUUGCGUGGAUGUAUAUUGAUAGAGUUGGCUCUAAGAGGAAGGGUUGAGUUGGAAAAAGCCGGAAUGAGAAGACGCAGUCUUUUAAACAGAAAAAUAUUGUGUCGGAACAGUAACCCAACUGGUGAUGUGUUAUUGGAUGAAGCACUAAAACAUGUCAAGGAGACCGAACCCCCAGAAACGGUACAGAGCUGGAUUGAAUAUUUAAGUGGAGAAACAUGGAACCCUUUGAAGCUGCGAUACCAAUUGCGAAAUGUUCGGGAAAGGCUUGCGAAAAAUCUGGUGGAAAAAGGUGUAUGUUCCACUGAAAAACAAAACUUCCUGCUUUUUGACAUGACCACGCACCCCCUCACAGACUCAGGAGUAAAACAGAAACUCAUAAAGAAGGUCCAGGAUGCUGUCCUCAGCCGUUGGACGAAUGAUGCACACAGAAUGGAUAGGCGACUUCUAUCUCUGAUCUAUCUUGCACAUGCUUCAGACGUUCUUGAAAAUGCAUUUGCACCCUUGUCUGAUGAUGAUUAUGAAAUUGCAAUGAAGCGUGUGCGAGAGCUGUUAGACUUGGACUUUGAAAAUGAAAGUAUGAAAGAGGGGACCAAUGAGCUUGUGUGGGCUGUGAUUGCAGCCUUUAGUAAGUGAUUGUUGUAGCCUUACAUCUAUAUAUGUCACACAUAGUGGGAUCACUGUUGUUUUCUUGAGUUUGAAGAAUGGAAAUAUCAUGGGUGAUAGUCUGAGGCACAAAAUAAUUUCAACAGUACGUUUACUUUUAUCAUAAAACCAGAUGACUGGUAAUGUGUAUGAAGCAUGCUGUGAUUAUUCAUUGUGUUAGUUCAGUUAAACUACAUUCUUCCCACCCAGGAAAUUUAUUGUUAAAAAGCGGGCGUAUACAGUUUAAAGAACAGUAAUCUGCAAUUGUAACACAAAAUAAAACGAAUCUUAGUCAUGGGAACAGUCAUUUGUUUGUGAAAGAAUUCAAACCUAUGCUGAAAAUAUGAUUUCAUGAAAUGGUCCAAGUCUGUUAAAAAUUAAUUGUAAUCAAUGGGAAGGGAGGCAACUUGUUACAGUGUAGGUAUGUUGCAGAUCCUAUCAACAUUUUCAAAUGGAUUGCUGUACUUAAUAUGUAGUUAAUGUCUAUCACCCAUAUUUUGUGUGAUGAUGAUCUCUCCCUGGCAAGUUGUAUAUCUUACUGGUUGAAAUGUACAUUUCUGAAAUCUUAUCAGGAUCUGAUUGGCUGCCAACAGGUUCAAUCUGAAUAGCUUUCAAAAUGUUCUGUCUGAUUGGGGGUCAGAGGCUUUAUGAGUCCUUAUGUCGUCAUCUAAAUCAUUCAUUAGUAUGUAGUACAAGGUAACAGGUAUACUAUAUCAGCUUAACUUUUUGUCAGGUCAUUUCAUCAAAAGGUCAAGGUUAUUCAUUUGCAGGAAAUUAAAGGUGAUGAUUUACCUAGAACUACAAAUCUGGUAUUGGAUAUGUAUACAUACAGUUACAUAUCUGGUAUUGGAUAUGUAUACAUACAGCUACAAAUCUGGUAUUGGAUAUGUAUACAUACAGCUACAAAUAUGGUGUUUUCUCCUGUAGUGUGAUAUCUCUUGUAGUGUGUUUUCUGCUGUUAUGUGUUUUCUCCUGUUGUGUGUUUUCUCCUGUAAUGUGUUUUUCUCCUAUUAUGUGGCUCCUCCUGUAAUGUGGCUCCUACUGUAGUGUGUUUUCUCCUAUUAUGUGUUUUCUCCUGUAAUGUGGCUCCUUCUGUUAUGUGUUUUCUCCUGUUGUGUGUUUUCUCCUGUAAUGUGGCUCCUACUGUUGUGGGUUUUCUCCUGUAAUGUGUUUUUCUCCUAUUAUGUGGCUCCUCCUGUAAUGUGGCUCCUACUGUAGUGUUUUUUCUCCUAUUAUGUGUUUUCUCCUGUAAUGUGUUUUUCUCCUAUUAUGUGGCUCCUCCUGUAAUGUGGCUCCUACUGUAGUGUGUUUUCUCCUGUUAUGUGUUUUCUCCUGUAAUGUGGCUCCUCCUGUAGUGUGUUUUCUCCUGUUAUGUGUUUUCUCCAGUUCUGUGAUUUCUCCUGUAAUGUAGUGUGUUUUCUCCUGUAGUGUAGUGUGUUUUCGUGUUAUUUCCUGUAAUGUAGUGUGUUUUCUCCUGUAGUGUGUUUUCACCUGUUAUGUGAUGCAUGUGUUACAUUUGUUGGUCUUGUUUUUGGGUUUUUUGCAAGAAGUUAACAAAGAAGUUGACUGUUUUGUAUAUUUUGUGAUGUAGUUAUACUAUUGUAUAUAGUGAACAUUCCUUCAAGUAAGAUGGCUGUCAGAUAGAUGUAAUAGCAACAUAUAUUAUACAGCACGAUAAUGAUUUUCACAAAAUUAAUUAUAAAGAAUUUUUAGUAUAGCCUGCAGCAGAUAAUCUGAGACUAGUGAAGUCUCCAGUUGGUCUGGUACAUAUAUUAGUGGUCCUGAAAAAAAAACGAUAGCCCGAUACCAUAGCACAUAGAAUAACCAAUAUUCAUAGGGUGUUGAUAUUAAGCCAGUAGCAUGUUCAUGUGAAUUACAAUGAACCAAUUUCAUGGUCACAUAUUGUCAAAUGUGCAUAAACCUUUAAUAUCUCGACAAACAAAAAUAUCUAGGGUGAUAGUUUCAUGACCUUGUUUGACUUUUACGGCCAUUGGAGUCAAAUGCAAUUAGAUAUUAGAUAUUAGAUACUCAUAUUUUGCCUUUAGCUUUAUUUCAUGGCUACAAUUGUGAGAUUUGAACCAGGUGAGCUAUGCUACUUCUUCUACUUCCUCUUCCAAUAAUCUGCAUACCACCUCUGGUGUAUUGUCGCAGAUAUGGCACAUACCCAGGGGAAACAUGCCUCAGUUAAAACCAUUAAACCUCAUAAGAAAUACAGUUAAAACUGGGGUUUUCACAAUGUCACAGUGUGCUGCAGUCUCUCCUUAAACACAUCUAGAGCGUCCGCUGAGAUGACCCGGAUUGGUAAGCCAUUCCACAGGCAAAUGGCAGAGGGGAAGAAGUACUGCUGGUGGCUUUGCAACCUGGUGAAUAGUAGGUGGAAGAGAAGGCUAUGUCCUAUUGUUGUAAUGGUUGACCCUCUUGAAAUGAGAUGUGGUUGUGAUGGUAUUGCCACUAACUCAUUUAUGAUGCAGUAGAGCAUGAUCACCUUUGCUAGCUUUCUCCAUUUUGCUAGGGUGGUCCAUUGGAGUUUUCUCAGCAUUGAUGUUGCAUUGCUAGUUGUUCUGUAGUCUCAAAUGACGAAGUGUGCAGCCCUUCUCUGCACCAUCUUAAUAUCUCUGAUGUCCUUUUAUAAAUUUAGAUCCCAUACAAUGCCUGCAUAAUUGAUGAUAGGCCUGAUGACCAGCGUUCUUUAGCACUGCUCCUUGAUCUUAGGUGGACAGGUGCUGAUGUUGAAAGUGUUUCAAUGUGAAUGGACCAGGUAAGAUUGUCAUUGAUGUUAACUCCCAGGUACUUAAACGUCUAAACUGUGGCAAGUGGGGUCCCAUUGAUGCUGUAGGUGGUAACUAGUGGCUGCCUUCUGUUGGUGACUCGUAGUACCUCACAUUUAUCAGGAUUGAAUUGCAUCAGCCAUUUGUUUUCCCACUGCUGCAGGUUGGCAAGGUCAUUAUGAAGGAUCCUAGAGUCCUCAUGUGUACGUACCUUCCUGUAGAGGAGACAAUCAUCUGCAAACAGUUUGAUGUUACACACUUAGACAGGUCAUUGAUGUAGAUGAGAAAGAGCAGACAUCCUAUGGUUGUUCCCUAGGGGCUUCAGAUGUUACGUCAGCAGACAGGUCAUUGAUGUAGAUGAGAAAGAGCAGACGUCCUAUGGUUGUUCCCUAGGGGCUCCAGAUCUAGAUGUUACGUCAAUCCUGUCUGAUCUUUUCCCAUUCUCCUCCACUUCUUGUUUCGGUGUAGCAGGGAGCUGGCAAUCCAUUGGGAGUGAGUAACCUGUUAUCCCGAGGUAGCCAAUUAGGCCUCUUGUUUGUGUCAAAGUGCUUCUAAUACGCCCUUCAUCCGAUAGGCCGUAUAAUAGUAUGGGCUGCGUUGACUGACUGAUGUCAAACUGUCCGUCCAUUUGUCCGUCCGUUAACUUUUCCUUGUCAUCGCUCUCCAGCCUUCAUUCAUGAACAUAUCUUGAUGAAACUUGGUACACAUGCCAAUAUAACUGGAACGAGUUCGCAUUUCAGAAGUUAACAUGCAUUUUUGGUGGAGUUAUGACCCUUUUAUUGCCAAAUAAGGGCAUUGUGUAGU